AUGAAAAAACAUGAAGAUUAUGGCAGAAUCAAACUACCAGAACUGAUCCUAACACAAAUUAAUGACAAACAAUCUAAAGGAGAGUAUGAUUCAAGUGAUUCUAAAUACGAAACGAAUGAUAAUAAGAAUAGGAAAAGAAAGUUUUCCAAAGUUAUAUCUAGAAAAGAGAAAAGAAAGCAAGAAAGGUCACUAAAAAAGCAGAAACAGAGAGCGAAUCCAAAAAAGUUACAGUCGGAAUCACUAAUUUCAAAUUCGUCAAGUAAACUACAACGAAACAAGACUCCAGAUGUACUAGUUGAAAACAAAAUUCAUGACGAUCCAUUGGAGAAAUUGAGAUUACUAAAGGAACUGAAGAGCCGAAGCAAGAAGAAGAAGAACGAAAAUUCAAAAUCUGUUAAUCAGGGCACGGCGAUGGAAGAUCGUGAUGAAAAAGACAUAUCCAGUGAUGAAGAUUUUGAGAAUCUGAAUGAUGAUUCCGAUCCUCUUGAGGCUUUGCGAAAAUUGAAAGCGAAAAAAAAUGGGGCAUCAGUCAAAUUUAGUGAUAUUAGAAUAGUCAAGGAAGAAGAUUUGGAGAAGGAUGACGAAUUCGAUGAGGAGGAUGAGUUUAAUGAGAUAGAAAACGAGGAAGAUGAUGAAAUUGAUGAAGAUGAAUUGGAGAUUGAUGAAGAUGAGAGUGAAUCACAAGAAACGUUGAAUUCAAUAAAAAGCAAAAAGUUAGUUUCAAAGGACACUGGAUCCGAGUAUCGAGUAAUCAAAGAAGAAGACUUGAAAGAUGAUACUUUUUCUGAAGAGGAAGACUCUGAAUUUUAUGAGGAAUCUGAUUUUGAAGGCUUUGAUGAUCAUAGCAUAAAUUCGAAACAGCCAAAUAAAGGUAUAUUGAAAAAUAAACUCAACAAACCAGAGAUUUCACCAAGACUACUCGACACAGACAUGCAAAAGUAUGAUGAUGAUAUUGAUUAUUAUGCGAAGAAGUUGGGAUUGAAGAAUGGGAGAAAUUCCAAAUUAAGUAAAAUAGAUGACGACGAUGAAAUCGGAGGUUUAUUAGACGGAAUAGACCUCGAUUUUGGAUCUGAUUUCGAGUCAGAACCUUAUGAAGAUGACGAAAAUACAAGUCAAGACAGCGUACAUGAAGAAGACGACUUAGAAUAUGAAGCAAAUCCUUUAGAGAAGUUAAAAAAGUUGAAGGAGAAUAAGCAAAAGACUGGCCAAAGUGAGACGCCUACUUUUUCAAAUCCAUCAUUUGAACAAGACGAGAAAGAUAUUGCUUACUACGCUAAAAAAUUAGGAAUCAAGACAAAUGCACGUCUUCCCAAGAGCCUUGAUGAUGAUGGAUUGGACGAUUUGUUGGAUGGAUUGGAAUUUGAUGUUAACAUGGAGGACCAGAGUGAAGAAAUUUCAGAAAAUGACAGUUCUAGUUCAGAUGAGUAUGACGAAUAUGAUGAAGACACUGGAAAAGAAAACCCCUAUAUUGCUCCUGGCUCGGAAAAAACAAUCGCAAAUGAGGAAUCCAAUUCGGGGCAAAGUUAUAUUCCACCAGCUUUACGUAAACAAAUGGCCAUUGCUGCAGGAAAUGAGGAUUCAGAAGAAAUAUUAAAUUUAAGGAGAUCAAUCAAAGGUCCAUUAAAUAAACUAUCAGAAUCAAAUAUUGGUGCAAUUGUGGAUGAUAUUCAAAAACUAUUUUUAUUGCAUCCAAGACAAGUUCUUUUUGAAGAAAUCACUACCAUUAUUUUGGAUAGUGUCUUACAACAGGGUAGAAUGCUAGAUACAUUUGUUUAUUUACAUGCAUGUGUGGUUGCUGCGUUGUAUCGUUUACAAGGAGUAGAAUUUGGUGCCUUUUUCAUUCAAACUUUGGUGGAAAAAUUUAAGACAUAUCAUCAGAAAGACAGCAAAAGUAAGGAAGCUUCAAACUUAAUCUCCUUACUUUCUUCAGUGUAUUUAUUUCAUUUAAUCUCAUCCAAAUUAUUGUACGAUUUAAUAAAAGAGCUAAUAUCGAAUUUGAAUGAAGAAAAUGCGGAUUUGUUAUUGAGAUUAAUCAGAAGUUCUGGAAAUCAAAUGAGAGCUGAUGAUCCUUCCUCUUUGAAGGACAUUAUUACUUUAUUGAACGAAAAGUAUAAUGGUCUCUCUGCAGAAAUGAAAUCAUCAAGAAUACAGUUCCUAAUUGAAACUAUAUCAACGUUGAAAAAUAACAAAAUGAAAGUAUUAAAUGAAGGAAACCAUCAAUUAUCCGUCAGGUUAAAAAAAUUUUUGAGUAGUAUCAACAAUAAUAGAGGUGGUGAUCCCAUACAAGUCUCAUUAGAUGACAUAAAUAGUGUUGCAACUAGGGGAAAGUGGUGGUUAGUUGGUUCAGCUUGGAAAGGUGCAGACACAACGAUCGAUCAAGCAUCUACUAAUGUCGAUAACAAUGCAAUGAAUGAUAUUCUCGAUACAGCUGAACCAAAUUGGACGCAAUUAGCUAAAGCUCAAAGAAUGAAUACAGACAUACGACGGGCCAUCUUCAUCUCAAUUAUGUCAGCAACUGAUUUCAUGGAUGCCAGAACUAAAAUUGAUAAAUUAGCAUUAAAACGAGCACAGGAACGAGAUAUACCCAAGGUAUUAAUUCAUUGCGCGACUAUUGAACCAUCUUGGAAUCCGUAUUAUGCUGUAUUAGCGAAUAACAUGUGUGAUUCUCAUUCUCUUAGGAAAACAUUUCAAUUUAUGCUAUGGGAUUUAAUAAAGGAACUAGACGGUGGUAGCAUGAUGGAAGGUGAGAGUGAAGACGAGGUGAAUUAUAUGGGGUUGAUUGAUGUUGACGAAGAAACCAAGAUCAAAAAAAUUUUGAAUUUAGGUCGAUUUUUUGGUUAUUUAAUUGCCGAAGGAUCAUUACCAUUACACAGUCUAAAGACAAUCAAUUUUUUAACCGCAUCUUCAGACACAAUUUUGUUUUGUGAAAUGUUGUUGGUCACUUUUCUAGAUAACAUUGGAAAAAAGUCAAGAAGAAAUUCAGUUGGAUCGGGUUCAAAGAUCGAUCAUGAUAUAAAUCAUGAUAUUAUGUUUGACGACAGGUUGUUAGUCGAACGAAUUUUGAAAGCUAAAGAUCAAGAAACUUUACUCAGAGGGUUGCAGUAUUUUCUACAGGAAAAAGUCAAAAAUACAGAUUUAGUUUCUUCAAGUAAGCAAAAGAUAAGAGUAAGCUGGGGGGUUGAUGCUAUGUUCGAUAUUCUUGAUGAAUUUUUGAAAAGUAAGGAAAACUAUUGA